AUGAAGAUUCCUCAAUCCCUACUACCCAUUCUCCCAAUUGUCUCCGCCCUCAACGUGGGCGACUAUGGGCAUCCUAUCGAAGAUCUCGACAAAGAUCUCCCAUUCUCACAACCCGUCACCUUCGCCCACCUUGAGUGGCAACGAUGUUUAGCCGCAGAUCACUCAAAUCCCCUCGACAUCGCAAUCCUAGGCUUCCCCUAUGACACAUCCACCUCCUACCGCCCCGGCGCCCGCUUCGGACCCCGAGGAAUCCGCGCCGGUUCCUCCCGCGAAAAGAAAGGCCGGAGUUACAACCCAGUAUGGGGUAUCGACCCCUUUGAGGAAGGGCUGUCCAUAGUAGACGGUGGCGAUGUCCCUGUUACCCCCUUCGACGCCGCACAUGCCUUUAAGCAGAUGGAACAGGGAUACAGACAGGUUCUCUAUCACCCCACAACAGACACAGAAGAAGAUGGGUGGAAGCAUCCCCGAAUCAUCAGUCUGGGCGGGGACCAUUCGAUUGUGCUACCUAUUCUGCGGUCAUUGAAGAGUGUUUACGGACCGGUUUCUGUUAUUCAUCUUGAUUCGCAUCUUGACACCUGGGAUCCCUAUGAGGGGUAUACGGGUAUUGCGUCUGAGCAGAGUGCUAUUACGCAUGGGACGUUCUUUUGGCAUGCCAGUCGGGAGGGGUGUAUCAAUAAAGGUGCUAGUGUGCACGGGGGAUUGAGGACUAAGUUAUUUGGUGUUAGGGAUUAUGAGAUUGAUGAUAGUUUGGGCUUUUAUCGGAUUGAGGCAAGGGAUAUUGAUGAAAUCGGGGUUGACGGGAUUGUGAGGAGGACUUUGGCUAUUGUGGGUGAUGAGCCGGUUUAUCUUUCGAUUGAUAUUGAUGUUUUGGAUCCGAGUAUUGCGCCUGCUACUGGGACACCGGAAUCGGGUGGUUGGACGACUCGUGAGCUUAAGCGGUAUAUCAGUGGCUUGGAGGGCUUGAACCUUGUUGGUGCGGAUGUUGUGGAGGUUAGUCCGCCUUAUGACUCGGUUGCUGAGACGACUUCUGUUGCAGCUGCGGACUUGAUUAUCGAUAUUUUGGCGGCUAUGGUGAAGAAAACGGCUCCCACUAUUCGCAGAUUCGAAGGGGGUAAGGAUGAGCUAUGA